CUCCAACCCCCUGAUCACUUCUCGUCCAUCUCUUGCUUCUGCCAUGGGGAAGAAGAAAGCCUGCUUGGCUCGGCGUGCGUGGAACCUGCUGCGGAUGGCCCUGAUGUGGACCGCCGAGGGCGGUGCCUUGACGCGGAGGCUGACGGCCGACCUCGUCAGCCGUCUUAAGAGGCUUGGAGAAGCCGAGACGCCUUACAAGAUGCAGCUCCGCCAUGGGGAGCGGGAGCUGUCGUUCGACGAGACUCCCACCUUCAAGUUCAGGAUGCGCCGGCCUCGCUUCCUGUGCAUCACUCCGCAGGCCGACGACGGCGACGACGAGGAUAGCAACAUGGCGAGCUACUUCGCGCGGCAGGAGACGAGAGGCAAUGGCGACGAGGAAGAAGAGGCUGCGUGCGGUCGAGAGCAGGAAGGCAUCGACACCAAGGCGGAGGAGUUCAUAAAGAGGUUCCAUCAGCAGAUGCAGCUGCAACGGCAGAUGUCGUUGCUGCAGUACCAUGAGAUGCUUCUUCGAGGCGUCAGCUAAAGGGAGCAAUUAAAGAAGACGGAACAAAAAAACGUUUUCGCUCUCAUCAUAUAGUUGAAUCAAAGAACAUUUAAGAUUGUGCGGAGCAAUUAAUGAUCGACGGAAAUGUGUUGAAUCAGAGAACAUUUAAGAUCGUGCCGAUGUGAAUGAAUAGCCUCUCAGGCUUCCAAACCGUUGUGGGCAUGACUGGAUAUCAAACUCUAUUUGUUUUUGUGUUUUCCCA